ACCCGCGGCGGUGCCCGCCCCCGGGGCGCGGCGGGGCGGGGCGGGCGGCCGGGCCAUGGCGCGGGUGCUGGUGGUGGGCGCGGGGCUGACGGGCAGCGUCUGCGCGGCGCUGCUGCGGGCGGCGGGGCCGGGCCGCCUCGAGGUGUGGGACAAGGCCCGCGGCGCAGGGGGCCGCAUGAGCACGAGCCGCGGCGCGCGGGACGCCGCCUGCACCGCCGACCUGGGCGCGCAGUACCUCACGCUGGAGACGGGGCGCGCGGGCCCGCGCCGCAGCUUCUAUGAGGAACUUUUGUCUCAUGGCAUCUUGGAACCACUGACUGCACCCAUUGAAGGAAUGCUAGUGAAAGAAGGCUCUCGCAAUUACAUGGCACCCCAGGGCACCUCCUCAAUUGUCAAGUAUUAUUUAAAACAGUCAGGUGCGGAUGUCUUCUAUGAACAUCACGUAACUCAUAUCUCUCUUCGAGAUGGGAAAUGGGAAGUCUCCAGGAAAAUGGGAUCGCCAGAACAGUUUGAUAUAGUUAUUCUCACAAUGCCUGUUCCGCAAAUUCUUCAGCUACAAGGUGACAUUGUAAACAGCCCUGUGCUGUUCCUGCGUUCUCACUCUUCAGGCUGCACGCUGAGAACUGCUUUCGUCUGCAGAAUACAGUUAACCGGACCAGGCACAGGCAGAGAGACAGGAGAAGUUACAAAAAGCAGUGGAGGGGACAACCUGCAGCCAAGCGUUCUGUUUGAUAAGGAAGCUGAACUUAAAAAUGAAGUCUUUCUCAUAACCUCUGCUCCCGCCUACGCAAACGCCGAAGCAGGAACAGUCUGCAUCUUGAAAUGGUCAGCGCGGUGGCAGAGGGCCAGUGUCAUGGCGCGGUGUCAGCUCGAAUGACUGUACAGCGGGGGAUUGCCUGAAAAGUCUGUCCUCGGUGACCACCGAACUCGAGAUCUCAGAGCAGCAGCUUCUUGUUUUGGAGAGCAAUAAAAAAGGUCUCCGCAAGCCUGCUGAGGAAGAAGUACUUGCCGUCCAAGCAGGCUUCGCUGUGUGAGGGUUAUGAUAAUACGCCAUUCUGAAUAAUUCAUGUCCCAAGCAGAGCUACAGUAGCACUUUGUCAGCGGUGACAGUAAACUGUAUCUCCAGGUACUUAGCAGAGGUGCAUAUUCUGCUGGGUGAGCAUCUUAUUAAAAUCUCUUAACAUGAUACCUAGGCUAAAAAUAUCUUUGUUACCGUUUAACCACAGAGCUUCCUUUUUAACUUUUAAAAUAGUGACGAUUGCUAGCUGCAUAAAAAUACUGUGUCGCCAGCGGCGUCUGAUUGACGUGUUUAGAUUUGCUCCCAGAAUAUCAGAAAGUGAGAUGCUGCAAAGAAAAUCUUAAACAAAGCAGUCUGAGGAAAUAACAAAACCUUUUAGAGGAGAGCAUUAGUUGCAGGGUUAUUGAGAGCAUCACUGUGAGAACAGUACAUGGUCACAGGAAGUAUUGAAAAUAUGAAGGAGGUGGAAGGAGAUCUACCUAUUCAAAGGCCUAAUUGAGUAUUAAGGGAUUCCAGGGGGCCUUGCACACAUAAAAGGUUUGUUUUCCUUCCCAGCUAACGCAUCUGCCGGAAAAUUUGGGACACCUACCAAGAGCCUUUAUAAAUUGGGCAAGUUUUCUUAAAUCUAUGUCUGACAAAAUUUUCCAAAAGGUGAGAGAGAGAACAGCAAACAGUGGCAGGGCGUUUUAUUUUUCUCUGUGCCACUCUGCAGUAGAUGUAGACUGCAAGUUGGGCAGGACUGGCUUUCUUUCCAAAAGAGGAAGCUAAGGUCCCAAAAAUUGGAGGACAGCUAGUCUAUGACAAAAGAUAGCCAGGUUCCUCCCGGGGCAUAAGUGCAUCUUUCUGUCCAUUCCUGUUCAGUUUCCCACCAAGCCUUCCAAGAGAUGAGGGUGACAUUUUCUUUGCAAAUACUUUGAAGUGGGAAUUAGCACUACGACAUUGUAUAAGCCACAGUUGCUGGCAAAACUUCAACUGAGAUGUAUGCUUGCUAAAACUCAAGCAGAGAGGAAUAAAGUGUAACUGUAAAAACACCUUUUCCCUCCUAUAAUUCUUGUGGGUGAAUGUUGGGGGCUCUUUCAUCCCUUCAAACAAAUCACAGUGUCCUUCGGGAUAUUUUCAUUUUUACUGAUUUGCUACAGCCCCAGCAGGACUGCUGUGCUGAGCAGAAAUUAUUAGUUCCAUCAAACACACCCGGGUCAAAGCUGCUUGCUAGGAAUGUCUUUAAAAAAGGCUAAGAACAGGUCUACACGAAUCAGGAAUUCCACUGAAUUGGGAGAAUACUCUGGCAAAGUUGCAAAGUUGGACCUAGGGUCUAACAGUAUUCCCAUGAAAGGUAAAGCUGUCAGCGCAUUGGAAAAAUAGAGUUUCCAGUAAAAGAAAUGAUAACUUGAAAGAGUAAUCUUUUCUUAAAAAGAACUAAAAGCCCAGUAUCCUCAUAUUUUGCUACUUUAAAAGCACUAUCAUUCCUUAAAGUAGUGCUGUAUGGUUUUUUUCUUAGUGCAUCAGUGGUUGGCAAUGUCUAAGUAUAUCUGGAUUUAAGACACCUUAGCCUUACCUAGGAAGCGAUUUUGAACCUAUCCAGCGGUAGCUGCUUGCAGUGGCACAAAUUAUGUCUGGCUGUUUGUUGUCUCCUUUGAGGCUGUUCGUGGUCAGGAUGCAAGGUCCUCUGUGUCACCAACAAAACUGGACAGUCAAAAAAAUAGAGUAUUUUCCCUCUCAUCCCUGGAAGUCUUUCAAAGCAGGAUCUCAAUUUGUUUACCCAGGUUUGCCCACAUAGCCUUAUGUGCAUGCAAGAACUGGAUACAAGCGUCCCAGCUGAGCUCUGAAAUCAUAUGAUGACUUGAUUGGGAGAUAAGAAUCCACAAGCUUUUAGAAAUACAGAAUUGAGACUUGCAAAACUUUCCAGAAAAGCAGUUUCUUUAGUGUAUCUCACAUUUUGGCAUCCUUUUUUCCCUGGAGUUCUGAACAUGGUUUCUCCCUGUCCCCAGCAGCUGUGACCUUCAGCAGUGCACCUAUGAACCUGUAUGUGAAGUUAUGAGCAACCUCUGCUUCAGUUACUAGACUGAUCUGAAUCCUUAACCCACCUAUCAUUUCUCUUCUCUGUCUCUGCUUGCUCAAAAUUGCAGUUACAAACUCCGAUCCCCAACAGAGCCUCUGAGCUCUGCCGUGAGCUGGUAAUGGCUGGUUUGGUUGUUACCUCGCUUCUGCAAUUCAUUUCUGCAGAUGAGGGUGCAUAUUGCAAUCCCCUGCCUUGUCUGCUUUUCAAAUAUAUGAACUAUAAACUUCCAGGAUUAUACCUUGGUCUUCCUAGUCAGCUCUUGGCCACCAUAGCAGCCAGAUUUAUUUUUGCUCCUCUGGCUUCUAGGAUGGUAGGCCGGGCUCUGUCCUGGACUCCCGAAUGGCCUGGUGCCAUGCUCCCAGCCUGCCAGCUGAAGCCUUGGCUCUCCUCUUUCAUGUUGGCCCUGAUGGGAUCUCUAGGUCCUCUCCUUCCCACAACACAUGAGUGAGGCAGCGAGGUGACAUUAAAUCACUGGAACAGCAGAUAAAAGGCCCUUACUGUAUUUAUUGAGUGUUACAGAUAAGUAAUCCACUCUUCUGUCAGUGUCUAGAGAAACAGCAAAUAAAGUAUACAUACCCCAUGCUUUGAUGUGAUGAAAUCUCCAGAGGACAUGUACAUUAGUGGCGUUCACAGUGCAGCUGCAGCUAAGCUUUUCAAUGGAAAAUAUAUAAGAUUUUCAUGGUUUUAUGCAUUGCUUUAAAAUGCUAUGGCUGUUUCUUGUAUGCUGGACAACCAUGGUCUGCAAGCUGUUUUUUUUCCAAAAUGUUAUUAAAAUCAUCUUAACCGUUUUUGUUGGAAUGGGAAAAAUUAAUAGUUAUUUUGUGGUUUUGUACACAACAUUAAAACAACAGUCUGGUUUUCAUUUAGACCAAUAAAAGUAUGGAAAUUCAAAUGAA